AUGCCUCGCAAAAUCUUCAAGAACCUCGUCAUCGCCACAGCAGGCCCUCUCCCAGGCCAACUCACCGCCGAAAACCUCCGCCAAUGGACCGCCCUCCGCAAAGGCGUCUUCACAGAAGACUACGACGACCAAGUCACCCACCUGCUGUGCACGCGUGAGCAGUUUGACCAGAAGCUUCCCAGAAUCAAGGAAGCUCUCGCCCGUGGAAAGAAACAACACAUUGUCCACUGCGACUGGUUCGAAAUCUCCGCCGUCAACGACAAGAAGCUGCCCGAGAGGGAAUACUCGAUGCGCAACAUCCUGGCCAAGCAGAACGCCGCCAAGAGGGAACAGGCUCGCAUUGAGCGAGGGAAGAGAGAGGGCGAGAGGGCCGUCAACACGAAUCUCUUCCACAUAUACACCGAUCGGACAUUCUUCAGCUAUCAAAUCGACAUCACCCGCAACGACACCGAAACAGGCGACCUCGGCCAACGCUACACUCUCUACCUCUGGGAAUCCAACGCAAAGCCUCAUCUCUACUGGUUCGCCGCAAAGUUCAUAAAGAAAAAAGGCGCCUCCCAGCCCAGCUUCCACCGCCCGAGCCCCUGCUCCGGCCCCUGGCGCCGCGAAAUGGACCUCUUCAUGGACUUUUUCCGCAUCAAGACGGGCAUCGAGUGGCAGGAUCGGGUGAUUGGCCAGGGGACCAUGCCGAGCUCCUAUUUUCAGUAUUCGCCGCCGACGGGUGGAAAGCCAGUUGGUCGACGCCUUCGGUUUUGCUACGAGUAUUGUCUCGAGAUCAACGCCCAGCUGAGAGGCUUACCCUGGCCGCCCGUGGAGGAAGCUCAGGUCAAGGAUGAGGACGAGGCAAGUGAAGCA